AUGGAUAGAUUAGCUGGGGAGAUGUGUGGGGAUAGGUAAAGACGGUACCUGGGACAGGUAGAUGGGGGUGUGUGUGGGGACAGGUAGAUCGACAGGGUGGAUGGAGCUAGCUAAGCAAUUCAGACUGUAAUCCAGGUCACCCAUCAGCACAGCGCUAACCCCAAGAGACCUAGCGCUACAGACAACAGGCCUCAUGAACAACGUGCCCUCUCACUUUUUCCAUCCACAUGCGGCCUUUUCCCAUCCAUGUUCAGAAUCAAUUUUUCUAUGUGCCCUGAGCCAUGUGCGCGCGCACCAACGCUAGAAACCCACAGCCGAGCGGGGCAGCCCUGGAAUCUCUCCCUCCGCCCAAAGCGCCCGGCUUCCAGGGAACGCUGGCGUGGACGCUGUAUGUACGUGAAUACUGGAAAGGUGCAAAAGCCCCUUGGCCGUCAGGCGGUGCCGAUAAGACACACCUGGGAGCUGCCUCAGAGGGGUGGCCAUGUUCGUCUGGCGCUGGAAAACGAGCAGGCCAAUGCACCUCCGACUAACAUAUGUACCAGGGCAGGAGCUCUGAGAAAGUGGGUUCUACCCACGGGCGCUCCGGACCUAAUUGAUCGGUUGCUCUCGAGGGGUCGUCUACACGGCAGAGGAAGAUGGAAGCUGCCGCGGUCGAUCUUCCAGGGUGAGAGGAUGGUGAGUGAGAACAAGGAGGGGAACCCGCAAGGUCCCGAGCUCGUGGAACCCGGCGAGAUGGUACCAGGAAGGCCGGAAGAGGAUGUUUCUCAGCACGCCGAGGAGGGGGAAGCCCUUGAAAGUCGGUGCAAGCCGGAGAGCCGGCGGAGUAACCACGCCAGGGCGAACCCCUGCAAAUCCUCGCCCGGGAGCAGAGGGGUGAAGAACAUCCAAGAAGCGGUUGGGCCGCGACUGCCCAACGACAGGCCCUACACAUGCGGCGCCUGUGGGAAAAGCUUCCCCUGGAAAUCGGCCUACCUCAGCCACCAGAGGACCCACGCGGAAGACAGACCCUACAAGUGUGCCGACUGCGGGAGGGGUUUUAGCCAGAGUUCCACGCUCGCUGGCCACCAGCGAACCCACACGGGGGAGAGGCCCUACAGCUGUGCCGCCUGCGGGAAAAGCUUCAGUCGGCGUGGGAACCUGCUCGUCCACCAGAGCACCCACACGGGCGAGAGGCCCCACCGCUGCCCGGAGUGCGGGAAACGCUUCGGCCAGAAGGCCUACCUCCGCGCCCACCAGCGGACCCACCUGGCGGAGAAACCCUACCGGUGCGCCCAGUGCGGGAAAGGCUUCGCUCACAGCGCCCAGCUCCUGCUGCACCAGAGAAGCCACACGGGGGAGAGGCCCUACCUGUGCAAGGACUGCGGGAAAAGCUUCAGCCAGAGCUCGCCCUUCCUGUCGCACCGGAGAACUCACGCGGCGGAGAGCCCGUACAAGUGCGGCGAGUGUGGGAAGAGCUUCAGCCGGCGCGGGAACCUGCUCGCCCAUCAGAGGACCCACACGGGGGAGAGACCUUUCCAGUGCUCGGCAUGCGGGGAAUGUUUUGUUCAGCUGGUGAAGCUCACCCGACACCAGAGAACCCACACUGGAGAGACGCCCUACAAGUGCAAGGAGUGCGGGAAAACCUUCGGGGACAGAUCGCACUUGAAUAAACACCAGAGAGUCCACACCGGAGAGAAGCCCUUUGAGUGCGCCGAGUGUGGGAAACGCUUCGGUUCGAGCUCAGACCUGAUUAUACACCAGAGGAUUCACACCGGGGAGAGACCCUAUAAAUGCCUGGAGUGCGGGAGGAGCUUUGGGCGCAGCUCGGAUCUCACCCGACACGCGAGAAAACACACGGGCGAGAGGCCCUACAAAUGCCCCAGCUGUGGGAAAAGCUUCCGGGACAGCUCCACCCUCACCAAACACCAGAGAAUCCACAGAGGGGAGAGACCCUACCAGUGCCAGGAGUGUGGGAAAAGCUUCCGCCACCUGUCCAACCUCCUGCUACAUCACAGAAUCCACACGGGGGAGAGGCCCUACCGCUGCCCCGACUGCGGGAAAAGCUUCAGCCGGAGCUCGAACGUCAUCGCUCACCAGAGAAUCCACACGGGGGAGAGACCCUUUAAAUGCCCCGAGUGUGGGAAAAACUUCAGGUCACGGUCAGCCCUGACAGCGCAUGAGAAAAUCCACAGCAGAGUGAAGCCCUUGCAAGCAUCUUGAUUGUGGGAAAUGUUUCUGAAACUGCUUAGUGCUUAUAAUCUACAGAAAACUCCCUCCCAGGGAGAAACAUGACGAAUACAGGGUGUCCGGGAAAAGUUUUAGUUGACACUCAAACAUUGGAGAAAACCCCUAGAACUGCCCUAGGUAUGGGCUAAGCUUCAACUGGCGAUAGAGCAGCAGAGAUGCUACCGGCUCAGGUGAGGCUGGAGUGGCCGUGUCACGAGGACGCACAAUUGUUGUUAAAACAGACACAUUCUAGAUCAGAGUCUGCAGGACAAGAGGCUGCAGUAAGAAUCUCAUGCAGUGUAGGGAUACGAAAGGGCAACCGGUUAACCGGUUCCCUGGUAAACAUCUCCUUUAAGGGAUGAUACUUACCAGAUAAUUGUUAACCUAUACUUGGGAGUGUGGGUGGGGAAUACUUCAGCCCAAACAGAGCAGCCCCACCCAUGUUGGGAGUGGGUGGGGGGUGGGGGAGCUGCUUCAGUCCAGCUGGGGUGGAGAGCCCCCUCCCCAGCCUGUCCCUUCUUUAAUCGGUUAAACCUUACACUUAACCGGUUAACCAAUUAAACGAAAUUUUACAUUCUUAAUACGUGAUGGAAUUUGAUUAUUACGUCUCAAGAAGCUCUGAAGAUGCUAAUGAGAUAGGGUAUUCUGUUUCCUGUCCUUUUUGUGUGCGUAGGUACCCAUAUCCGGCCUCCAGGGAAGCCUCUGUCUCUGUUGGCAGUUCAUAACUGGUGAUAGGUGCUCCUCUGCCGAUCAGGUGCGGGAAGGUCCCAAAGAAACCUGAUGCUUUAUUCAGGCUGGUUGUUGUCACUUCCCGGAAGACUGGCACUCCAAAGAUCGAUCUUCCGGUGUUCGAUUUAGCAGGUCUUAUAACUGCCUCCAUCAACCCAGGCAGUUGCAAGAACUAAAGGAAGUCUAUGGAAGAGCUUCUUCCAUUGAGUUCCCACUAUGGGGCCACCCCAGAAAAAUCGAUGCAAGCAGGGGUGGCCCGUCAAUACAGAUGACCUAGGCGGUCUUCUAGGGCGCCAAGAUAAACGGCCGUUGAGGGCUUUGGAGGCAGGGGCACCGAUCGUGCACCAAUCACGCGUUUUGCCUAGGGUGCCAGUUGCCGGCAGCUCAUCUAGGGCCGCUCCUGGAUGCAAGGUAUGUUGAUUCCAGCUCAGCAGUUCUCAUAACUGGAGUCGUGUAUCUUGUAGACCUGGUCUUAGUCACUAGUGAAGUAAAAGCAGUAGUCAGAGUUUUGUUUGAUUUUGGUUCAACUGUCGCUACGUGUCAUUUUCUCGUCCGACCCAAUUUAUCUAGUUUUGUCCACGUCCAUUUUUAGUUUAAAAGUUUUAGCACCAUGUUGAAUGACUGUGUUGCACACAAGUUUCUAGACCGAGUUUAUACUUGGCUCUCUGAUACUGAUUCUUUAAAUACAGGUGUUUAAUUCUGUCAAAAAGGCUUAACUACUAGUUACUCUUCAUUGGGAUAAACAGCCUGUGGCUGUUUUUAGUAUCCCAAAUAAUAAAGUGACUACCUUUGAGGUUAAUCCCCAGAGCUUUUUGAUCUUUAGGCUCCGUUUUAUAACACUACUCCAUUCAAUGCUUUGGAUUUUAGAAUGUCCUAUUUAAUUAAGAGGUUAUUUAAGGGUGGGAAAAUUGUUUCACUUACUUGAUUUACCAUUUUUUCAUCUGGUGUCUCUCAUUUGUACAGUCUUAUAGAUGGUUAUUGAUUCUUCUCGGAUUACUUCAGUAAACUCUUCUUUAUUUAAAGUGCAGGGUUUUAUUUUCCAACAUCCUUUCGUAUGGGCAGAGAAGACUCCUCGGUCACUGUCUCUGGGGUUACUCCCGGAGCACAGCCUCAGAGCGUUAAUCUGCGUUUUCCAGCGUUAUUCUUCGAUGUCUGUGGCCAGCUUCCUUAACUCUUGUUGUGCCUCCCUUCCUGAGUGUCUGCCUGCUUCCAGGGCCCGGCUAGUCUGCUCAUUUCUUCAGCCUCCAGCCAGCCUCAGGCCCCAGGGGUGUUCUCUCCCCAUCUCCAAGUGUCUCAAGGCUUUUGGAGGGUCUGGACUUUCCUGAUGCCUUUCACACAUUCUCCACUCACCCCACACAACGGGCCGAGCACCCCACACAGGACGACAGAGUUAACCCGCCCGGGCGCUCAUGAAUGGAUCUCAAAGUCACUGUGUUGUUUCAGGCCAAUUCCACAAGCCAAAUACACAGGGAAGCCUUGGAACUUAACUUCAUUUACAGGUGUGGGACCCAUCACAAAGGUAUGAACAAAGACAUCACCUGGUUAGCCCACGGCCUUCCACAUCCCAAGCAGAGGGCACAUAAGAACAAUUUGCACCUUCUCUAUCAGCUUCAUGUAACAUGAACACUCUAAUUCACCG